AUGUCCGCCAGUGCCGUCUACGUGUUGGACUUGAAGGGCAAGGUGCUCAUCUGCCGGAACUAUCGCGGUGAUGUGGACAUGUCGGAAGUGGAGCACUUCAUGCCCAUCCUGAUGGAGAAGGAGGAGGAGGGGAUGCUGUCGCCCAUCCUGGCCCAUGGGGGCGUCCGCUUCAUGUGGAUCAAGCACAACAACCUGUACUUGGUCGCCACUUCCAAGAAGAAUGCGUGCGUAUCACUGGUGUUCUCUUUCCUCUAUAAGGUGGUGCAGGUGUUCUCAGAGUACUUCAAAGAGCUGGAGGAGGAGAGCAUCCGUGACAACUUUGUCAUCAUCUACGAGCUGCUGGAUGAGCUCAUGGACUUUGGCUACCCCCAGACCACAGACAGCAAGAUUCUGCAGGAGUACAUCACUCAGGAAGGCCACAAGCUGGAGACGGGUGCCCCGCGGCCCCCCGCCACCGUCACCAACGCAGUGUCCUGGCGGUCCGAGGGCAUCAAGUACCGGAAGAACGAGGUGUUCUUGGACGUCAUCGAAUCUGUCAACCUCUUGGUCAGUGCCAACGGCAACGUCCUGCGCAGCGAGAUCGUGGGCUCCAUCAAGAUGCGGGUCUUCCUCUCGGGCAUGCCCGAGCUGCGCCUGGGCCUCAACGACAAAGUCCUCUUCGACAACACAGGCCGCGGCAAAAGCAAGUCCGUGGAGCUGGAGGAUGUGAAGUUCCACCAGUGCGUGCGGCUCUCCCGCUUCGAGAAUGACCGCACCAUCUCCUUCAUCCCGCCCGACGGCGAGUUCGAGCUCAUGUCCUACCGUCUCAACACCCACGUCAAGCCCCUGAUAUGGAUCGAGUCAGUGAUUGAGAAGCAUUCCCACAGCCGCAUCGAGUACAUGAUCAAGGCCAAGAGCCAAUUCAAGCGGCGGUCAACAGCCAACAACGUGGAGAUCCACAUCCCUGUGCCCAAUGACGCCGACUCGCCCAAGUUCAAGACAACGGUGGGGAGUGUCAAAUGGGUCCCUGAAAACAGCGAGAUCGUGUGGUCCAUCAAGUCCUUCCCAGGCGGCAAGGAGUACCUGAUGCGGGCCCACUUUGGCCUGCCCAGCGUGGAGGCUGAGGACAAGGAGGGCAAGCCCCCGAUCAGUGUCAAGUUCGAGAUCCCCUACUUCACCACCUCCGGCAUCCAGGUGCGCUACCUGAAGAUCAUUGAGAAGAGCGGGUACCAGGCCUUGCCGUGGGUCCGUUACAUCACUCAGAAUGGAGAUUACCAGCUCCGGACCCAGUGA